AUGGCUACAGAGGGCGGCCAGACCGCUCCCGUAGGCGACGCCGCCGCGAAGAAAGACCAGAAAACCCGGGGCCAGCCUAAAACCCCCCAGCAACCAGACCAAGCUGCAUCCUCAGACGCCCCCGGCGAGAAGACUCUAUCAAAUGCUGAGCUGAAGAAGAGAGCCAAGGAGGAAAAGGCAGCUAGGAGAGCACAGGCAAAGGUUGCGCAGGUCGCAGCACCUGCUGGACCUCCCGGGGGACAAGGCGCUACUGGCGACGCAAAAUCUGGCAAGAGCAAGGCAAACAACCCCAAACAAGGUGGUCUCCCUGUGCCGAGCCAUCACAGGUCUGCUUCGCGCUCUGUGCUGCCGCCUGUUGCGAAGGAGGUUGUGAAGCCCAAGAUUUCAGAAUGCUAUAGCCACUUGUCCAUGGCGAGGAGGAUUGCCAUCACACAGGCAGACAAGGACGUUCAUCCCGUUGUGCUGGCGCUGGGCCAGCAGAUGAGCACGUUUGCAAUUAGCGAUAGUACCACGAGACUUGAAGCUACUCUUCUGGCCUUCAAAAAGGUCAUCGAUGCCUACACCACUCCCCACAGCAACACAUUCUCUCGCCACUUCACCUCACACGUUCUCAACCCUCAAAUCGAGUACCUCACCGCCUGUCGACCAAUGUGUUUCUCCAUGGGUAACGCCAUCAGAUGGCUCAAGCUCCAGAUUAGCAAAAUCGACAUUGAUCUGCCCGACAGCGAUGCCAAGAAGGUUCUCUGUCAGGCCAUUGACACCUUUAUCCGCGAGCGCAUCAUCCUUGCCGACUUUGUUAUUGUCAAGACGGCAGCGGACAUGAUUCAAGAUGACGAGGUCAUCCUGACGUAUGCUCACCACAAGCUCGUCGAGCGCUCGCUCCUGCAGGCCAAGUCGGACGGAAAGCAGUUCAAGGUCAUUCUUGUCGACGACCCAUUCGACCGCGUGGGUCUUGAACACGCAAAGAACCUAGCCGCCGCCGGCAUCCCCGUCACCUACGCCUCGGAUAUGGGUGCCCUGCGAUCAAAUCUGCAAGAAGCUACCGUUGUAUUCGCCGCCGCAGAGGCCAUGUUCAGCAACGGCUCCAUGUACGCUCGCGCAGGUACCUGUGACGUUGCCACCGUUGCGACCGAUCUGGGCCUCCGAGUCGUGGCGCUCAGCGAAACAAUCAACUUGACAGAUCGAGUGUCCAUCGACUCUCUCACGUAUAACGAAAUCGAUCCCGAGAGAAGCACAGGCGAAGAAUGCAGGCUGCUGUUCGACACCACAAGGGAUAAAUUCCUAUCCAUCGUCGUCACUGAGCUGGGCAGCUUGUCAGCCAUGUCGGUGACUGCCAUCUUGCGCAAAUUGGAGGAGCUGUAG